UGCCGAUCAUUGAUCCAGAAAACUCCCCCUCCCGCAGUGCUUACGGGUGCCUGUGUUCAUUACUGUAGUUUUUUCACUGACUGCUAUUUGUUAUGGUCCUUUUGUUCUUGUUUGCUUGAGAAAUAUGGUAAAAAGUUAGAGGCGAGGCGAAGCACGGACCACCCAGACCAUAGCUGCCGAUACAAAGGCCCGGCUGGGGAGAAAUCUCUAGCCACCUGUGACAUCAAGAUCAAGAUCAAGAGACCAAAACAACAACAAACCCACGAGCACCCGCAGGAUGACCGCCCCCGCAGGCUCCUCAGCAGGCUCCUCAGCAGGCCCCUCAGCGGAGCAGCCCAGGGUGUUCAAGCUGGUUAACCGCACAUGGAAGACGCUGCCGGACAAGGGCGACGACGUGUACAUCCGGGACCCCAAGCUGAAGGAGGGGUAUCUCGGCGACCUCAGCAAGAAGAGCAUCGUGCAGCUCCAGGAGAUCCUUCAGCGCCAGGACAGGAUACUCAACAACAAGUUCCUCGCCUCCAAGCUCAAAGACAAAGGAGAGCUGCUGAGGGAGUGCAGACGGAAAGUUGCUGAGGCUCUUGAACAAGCUCUCGACCUUCAGAAGAAUGGCCCCAGAACAGACACCCCAGCAGACAUCAAUGCCAUGGAAUGGAAAAGCCGAAGAAAAACUGCAAGCAAGCAAGAGGCGCUGGACAGUGACGACGACGAGGCUGAGGAACUCGAAGACAGACUGGACCCCCUCAAGCUCAUGGCCUACCACUCCUCCUGUGUCAAGAAACCCCCCCAGAACGAAAGGAGGCAAGACCAGGAGGACCCAACCAGUGCCAUUGUGCAGGAACUCAAGCAGCUGGACCUUCAGGAUGCUGCGCAGGAGUCUAAAUCAGGCACUUCGUGUGAGUUUGGCGACAGGAGAAACCAGAUGUUGGAGGACAUGAGGAAACGAAACGGUCCCGUCAAAGACUCCUUCAAGCCCUUCAGGCCCAUUGCCAACCCCCAGCCCAUCCCCGGCGUGGUGCAUCAUGCCACGCGGAUGACCACCACCACCACCCAAAGCAUCCCUGACAAGGAGGGACUCAGGCUGGAGCGCGAGUUCCUCAUCAAAGAGAAGGAGCGAGCACUUUCGGAUGCACGACAACAGCUGGGGAGGAUAAAGACAGACAAAAUUGGGCUUCCAUCGGCGGCGUCCGCACUCAGAUAUCGCGACACCAACAUAAACAGACACCUCCUGGACUCCGACGAGAGCGAUGACAGUUUAUCAGACUCAAACGAUUAUGGCGAUGAGUAGCUUGUUUAUUAGAAAGAACUCUAAUGCUGGAAGACCAAUUCAACUCUUUGGGCAGCUUAGUAACACGGGACAAAAGUGAAAAAGAUAUAGAGAAGAGAACUAACUUUAAAAUCAAACUGAGUACGUUUUUGUGUGGUGACAGAGACAGACUGGUGAGGAUUAAAGAGAGACAUAGGAGGUUUUGGGGGACAGGCAAUGAGGAAAGAAGAGUGAGGAGAACGAGCUUGGUAGGAGGAAGAGGAGAAGGAAGGAGAGUGAGAAGAUUGUGAUUAUUAGGCCCAGGUAGGGAGUGUUGGCUCUGAGUUGAGGUUUUGGGGGACAGGCAAUGAGGAGGAGGAGUGAGAAAAGUGAGCUUGGUAGGAAGAGUAGAAGAAAGGAGAGUGAGAUUAUGCUUACGAGGCCCAGAGAGUGUUGGUUAGCUAGCACAGCCUUCCAAUGAGUACAGUGUGUAUUGAUUGUAGAACACACACAAAAGAGUUUCACUGGUCGCAAACUGAUAAAUCUCGCUAAAAUAACACCUCCAUUUAGCAUGAAUUACUUUGAUACUAAUUUUGAGCUAAAGAGAAGGUCCACUAACUCAUUUUGGGGGUGCUAAAAGAGGGAAGACAUGUCCGAUACUGGCAGGAAUCUGAAAUAUCUAAGAGCAAAAUAGUUGUGUGAUAUUACUAGAUGUAUUUUCCUGGUUAUAGUUUACAGGUUUUGACUCCCUCUCGUACUGUCCUGUCUCCAUAUUCAUACUUAUUUUAUUCAUCCUAAAUCUGUGAUAAAUUAAAUGUGGUAAUUGAUAUGUAUUGAGAAUAAAAUACUAAUACACUCUUACGUUAUCCUAAGCAAUGAUAAAUUAAAAAAGGUAAUUGAAAUGUGGUUAGUGGAAAAUACACACCACUCUCUGUACAUACCUAUUGCCAAUGCACAAAACAAUAUGAAUACUUGUUACUGAUAUCAGGCACAAGGGAGUCUGAUGUAAGAGAAAAGAAUGAAUCUGAAAAUGACUGAGGUGAAUGGUGGAUGCACACGGCUGUUUAACAUUAAGUAUAGAAUUCUACAUCAUCAUUUUGUCCACCAGUUGUUAUUCCUCGACCAUCUGAUAAUUUUGUGUGAAUAUAUCUGUCUUAUCUAAUAUUCCUUUGGUGAACUGAAAUAACCUUCAACUGACAACAUUACAGUAUUGACAUUUUCCUAAAGUUUGAAGAAGUUUCCCAAAAUGUACAAAUAUUGAUUUUUAUACUAUUCCAAAAGAGCAAAGGAAUAAAUAAAUUAAGUUUUUCAAA